GAGGGUGCGGAUACGGGUAGAUUACCUUAACUCAUCAUGUCUCAGUUUUCGAACUGUGACGAAUGGUCGUCGUCAUGAAAAGACAGUUAUAUUUGUGAUCGCCAUUUGUGGUGUCUUCCAUUUGGACCGUUUUGAUGGCGAAAACGUAGUAUAACAGGAGAAACUUAUGUGAAAUGGGAAAUGGCAUCGAAUAACCCAGCUAAUCGUGUCGGUGGAGAUUUCGCCCCACCGAAAAGACCUAACUUUGGAACAGUGGGAAGACCGAUCGCUCUCAGGACAAAUUUUUUUCAAGUUCGCCUUCCUAAAGGAGACAUACAUCAUUACGAUCUUAGUAUAUCUCCCGAUAAGUGUCCAAGGCGCGUGAACCGAGAUGUUGUCGAGGCGAUGGUUAACACAUAUCACAAAGUUUUUGGAGGACAAAGGCCUGUUUUCGAUGGAAGAAAAAACCUCUAUAGCAGUAAAGCUUUGCCGAUCGGACGAAAACCAAUUGAUUUUGAAGUAACACUUCCAACUGAGAACAGUAAAGACAAGGUAUUUAAGGUGACUGUUAAAUGGGUCGCACAAGUCAGCUUAUUUGCACUGGAACAAGCAUUGGAAGGAAAACACAAUCAAAUCCCUUUUGAAACCAUCCAGGCUCUUGAUGUGGUGUUAAGACAUUUGCCAUCCAUGAAGUAUAUACCUGUUGGAAGAUCUUUCUUCUCACAGCCAGAAGGCUAUUACCAUCCCCUGGAGAGUGGGCGUGAAGUUUGGUUUGGCUUUCAUCAGAGUGUCCGACCAUCGCAGUGGAAGAUGAUGCUGAACAUUGAUGUUUCAGCCACAGCAUUCUAUAAAUGCCAGCCAGUUGUAGAGUUCAUGUGUGAAGUCCUUCGCAGACAAGAACAGGAUCUUCAAAAGACAAAACCAUUGUCUGAUGCAGAAAGACUGAAAUUCACCCGAGAGAUAAAAGGUCUGAAGGUAGAGAUUACACACUGUGGAUCAAUGAAGAGAAAAUAUCGUGUCAUCAAUGUAACAAAAUUACCGGCACAAACUUUGAAGUUCCCUCUAAAACAAAUGGAAACAGGUCAGCCCUGUGAGAUCACAGUGGCCAGAUAUUUUCAGGAAAAACACAAGAGAAGGCUUCAAUACCCUCAUCUGCCUUGCCUUCAAGUCGGACAAGAACAGAAACACACCUACCUUCCCAUCGAAGUGUGUAACCUUGUGGCAGGUCAGCGCUGCAUCAAGAAGUUGACUGAUAAACAAACGUCUAUGAUGAUAAGAACAACAGCAAAGAGUGCUCCGCAGAGAGAACAAGAGAUCUUAAAUCUGGUCAGGAAAGCUGACUUCAACAAUGACCAAUAUGUUAACGAUUUUGGAAUCUCAAUUAACGACAAAAUGGUGGACCUUCAAGGGCGGGUACUUCAGGCCCCAAAGCUUCAGUACGGUGGGAAGGACAAACUGAAAAUUUCCCCGAAACAAGGAGCAUGGGAUAUGAGGGGGAAGCAGCUAUUUCACGGCAUUGAGAUAAAAGUCUGGGCCAUCGCUUGCUUUGUCGACCCACGGGAAGUCAACGACAGAGUAUUGAAGAGCUUCGCCCAUCAGCUGAUGAAGAUUAGUGGCGAGACUGGGAUGCCAAUCAAAUCUGAACCAUGCUUCUGUAAAUACGCUAAAAGAGCGGAGGAUGUUGAGCCCAUGUUUAAACAUUUGAAAUCUACCUUUGCCAAUCUUCAGCUCAUUAUUCUUGUGUUGCCUGGGAAAACGCCCGUAUAUGCUGAAGUCAAACGAGUCGGUGAUACAAUGCUGGGAAUCGCUACUCAGUGUGUGCAAGCUAAGAACGUAACCAAGUUCCAAGCUCAAACACUGUCAAAUCUGUGCCUAAAGAUAAAUGCCAAGCUCGGAGGAAUAAACAAUAUUUUGGCCCCAGAUGUUCGACUUCCUGUGUUUCGUGAACCUGUGAUAUUUCUUGGAGCUGAUGUAACUCACCCUGCAGCUGGGGAUGAAAAACGACCAUCAAUUGCUGCUGUUGUCGGCAGUAUGGAUGCUCAUCCCAGCCGGUACUGUGCUUCAGUUCGAGUUCAGACACAUCGACAGGAAAUCAUUGCCGAAUUAGCGGCCAUGGUCCGCGAGCUACUGAUUCAGUUUUAUCGUUCGACGAGACACAAGCCAGUCAGGAUCAUUUUUUACCGUGAUGGAGUCAGUGAAGGCCAGUUUAGACAGGUGUUGUGUCACGAACUAAAAGCCAUCCGUGAGGCUUGCAUCAAGCUGGAAGUUGGGUACCAGCCGGGCAUCACUUUCAUUGUUGUGCAGAAAAGACAUCACACCAGAUUUUUCUGUCAGGAUAAAGAGGACAUGUGUGGAAAUAGUCAAAACGUGCCCCCCGGAACCACAGUUGAUGUUGGUAUAACUCAUCCCACUGAGUUUGACUUCUACCUCUGCAGUCACGCUGGAAUUCAGGGCACCAGCCGACCUUCGCAUUAUCACGUCCUGUGGGACGACAAUAAUUUCAAAGCAGACGAGAUCCAGGCCCUCACGUAUCAGUUGUGUCAUACUUACGUCAGGUGCACACGAGCAGUAUCCAUACCAGCCCCCGCGUAUUAUGCGCAUUUGGUGGCAUUCAGAGCGCGAUUUCAUUUGAUAGAAAGAGAACGGGAAAGCCCUGAGAAUGGUUCGUCUUGCAGCGGUGGUCAUGGAGAGGACAGAAGCCCGCAGAUUUUGGCAAAAGCUGUCCAAGUUCACCCUGAGAUGUUAAAAGGAAUGUACUUCGCUUGAAGACACUUUGUAAAGAGUAACAUAAUUAGUUACCGACUAAUGUAAUACUUAUAAGAAAACACAGGAUAUUUAUCAUUUGUCUUACAAAAGUCAACCAUUUCUUAAGAGAUACUUUCAGCACGAGGAGAUAAAAUUCGUAUCCCCAAGCGGCCAUGUAAUGUUCUGUUUAUUUUAUAGAUGCUGAUGAAAUUCCUACAUAAUUUCAAAAGA